AUGCGACUGGCAGGGACGAGCGCGACAGACGCGGACAGGCAGGGCGCACGGGGCGCGACGGACGGGCAAGGCGCACGGGGCGCGACGGACGGGCAGGGCGCACGAGGCGCGACGGACGGGCAGGGCGCACGGGGGGCGACGGACGGGCUGGGCGCAGCAGGGGCGCGACGGACAGGCAGGGCGCACGGGGCGCGUGCGACGGGAAGGGAUGGGAAGCGCGACGCGGACGGGACGGGACGGGACGGGCGGCGUGAUGCGGCGGGACAGAAGGGGGGGCGACGCGACGGGACAGCAGGGACGACGGGACGGGACGGGAUAGCAGGGGGUGAAGCGACGGGACAGCAGGGGCGACAGCACGGGACGGGACAGCAGGGGCGACGCGACGGCAGGGGCGACGGGACGGGACAGCAGGGGCGAUGGGACAGCAGGGGCGACUGGGACGAGACGGGACAGCAUGGGCGACGCGACGGUAGGGGCGACGGGACGGGACAGCAGGGGCGACGGGACAGCAGGGGCGACGGGACGGGACGGGACACCAGGGGCGACGCGACGGCAGGGGCGACGGGAUGGGACAGCAGGGGCGAUGGGACGGGAUGGGUGCAGGCAUCCACCGUCAUCCGGUCCUCCCAACUGCUGCACGGCAUGCUGUGUGAUGCUCUUCGCCUGCGCGCGCCGUAG